GAUGACCUCAAUAAAACGAGGUACAUGGUUUUUCAUCUUCGUACUCGGAGUUUUUACAGCCAUUACGUGUGAAUUUACUACUCAGCUAACAUAUCUUCACGUGGUCAGUCACAUAGCUAUCUUAACAGCGGCCCACUUUGCAUUGGUAUUCCCACCGGAGGAACUGCUCGACGGACUCGGGCUCACACUUUUUGACUUGUUUACAAUUCUAUAUAAUUCAAGACAGCACGACUUUGUGGAGUAUGCUGCAAAACGGGUGGCAUUCUUUCACGCAUUUGUUGCCUUCUAUCCCUGUGUCAUUGCUGCCUACUUCGUGCAUGGAAACAUCUUGAUGACUGCAGCUGACACUCGUCGAUUUCCAUCAGUUCUGGAUUAUCCUUGGAUGUGGUUCACAGUGCUUUUUGUCGCUUUGAUUGCAAACGGUUAUUAUUGCAUUCGGAUCAAAGACUACAAAAAAUGGCCUAUCUACCAAUACUACAUAGAUAACCCGGACUGCGUGAAUGAAGCACAAACGGUGAUUGCUGAUCCAGAAACUUUUCGGAUAAAAUUGUCCCAGCGCAGCUUCCUCUUUGUCACUCGUAAUUUCCUUGUCUACACAUCAAAUUGGAGAUUUAUGGCUGUCAAGUUGGCUGAUGUCCGGCUUCAGGUGGACAACACAAGGAUGCCAAUGCUUCCGAAUCAGGAUGAAGAAGAGCGGAUACGAUCAAUUUUUGUGAAAGUCAGCUUCCGCCCUGCCUAUAUAACACCGUUCACUAUCACCCUACGUCAAGACUAUUAUCGUCAACUGAAUGAGAUACUCGAAGUACCAAUUUUUGUUCCCCCUCAUAUAAACGUCCCCUUGACUUUCAUGGAGGAGCUGAAAGAGGAUUUUAUUCAACGAAUAGCAAGCAACACCCGUGUAACACACCGUGUGAAAGCAAGUGAAAAGGAUCCAUGUUUUGCAUGUGGAACUGAAGAAAAUAUGGUGAAAAUUGAAAGAUCUUGCGAUGGCCAGGAGCAACGAGUUUUCUUUCACGACAUUGGCGCCCGAUUCACUCCACCGUGCGAGAACUGCAUUUGUCGUCCUUUAUGGUGCAGAAGUUGCCUAGCUCAAAUUUUCAUUGGAAGGCAGAACAUAGAUAACGUCUACCGAUAUGAGUACCAUCGAGGAAGUGCGCAAUGCCCAACUUGCAGAAAGAAUUUCUGCAUCCGGGACGUGCAUUGUGUUGAUUUCGACUACAUCUCGGAGGAAAAUUGAUAUUUUGAGAAGAUUCCCUUAGCUGUGAUUGCUUUUCUCUGUAUGUCGUUGACGCACCAUCCGUUCCUUAGUCGUGUAUAUAUGUAGCAUUUUCUCGAUUUGUUGUCUCUCGAAAUGCGCGAAGCACAUUUCCGCCAAGCAUCAUCCUUAUCCGCGUCUCUCCCUCAUUUUCCCCUCUCUCUAUUUCGAACAGCAGACUUUCGGGCUUCAAGCAGAUGGUCUGCGGCGUUCUCUCUGGUUCACAUGUGUUAUGGGUCACGCAGCUGUUUUUACCGUGUUAUGCCCUCCCGAUCGCCUUUCACCACCAGCCUUCUGGUUCAUCCUCACUUUACAUUCCCCUCUCGUUUCACGGCUCAGAGUUUACCCAGCCCUAUACCGCCGCGCGAUCGGACAGCACAUUCACUUUAUGCAGCUUUCAUUCAAUUGACAUACUGUUUUUGAGUUCACCCACAUUUCUCUUUCCCAUGUACCUUAUUUCAUAAAGGUCAUGCAGCUCGUUCAAUUCAAUGUUGCGGUGUUGGGUAAACGAGUUAGUAAUCAUUGAGUGUGUCCCCCAAUACUUGUCACAAAGCGUUUUGUCCCACUGACCGACUAAGAGCAAAUUUGAGUAAUAAUUCUUUUGUUGUACACCAUAGCGCUACAUCAUAUUCACCCUCGCGACUUAGCGCACUUCUGCCACAUUUUUUUGUCCCAGCCCAGUUUUUUCCUUUGAUACGGUGUUCCAUCUCUGUUUUAACUACCAUUUUUGCCUUUUCCUUCUCGUGAUUCCAAUAAACUUGACAUUUUGA